AUGGUCAGUGCACAUAGCAUUUCUGGCAAGAGGGUCUUCCUGGAGCUGGAUGGAAAAGAUUUACGCCUGUUCCUGGCUAGGCGCAGGCUGGUGUCCGGGAGUGCUGCAGAGGGGCUCAGCCUCCCCUGCACCCCCCUCCAGGUGCGGCACCGCCAGUCGGGGCAGAUCAUGGUGCUGAAGAUGAACAAGCUGACCAGCAACCGGGGCAACAUGCUGCGGGAGGUGCAGCUGAUGAACCGCCUCUCGCACCCCAACAUCCUCAGGUUCAUGGGGGUGUGCGUGCACCAGGGACAGCUGCACGCGCUGACGGAGUACAUCAACGGCGGGAACCUGGAGCAGCUGCUGGACAGCCCUGUGCCCCUCUCCUGGUCCACGCGUGUCAAGCUGGCCCUCGACAUCGCCCGUGGCCUCCGCUACCUGCACUCCAAGGGCAUCUUCCACCGUGACCUCACCUCCAAGAACUGCCUGGUGCGCUGCGAGGCCAGUGGCUACACGGCUGUAGUGGGUGACUUCGGCUUGGCGGAGAAGAUCCCCACUUACAGCGAGGGCAGCGAGACGCUGUGCGUGUUGGGCUCACCGUACUGGAUGGCACCCGAGGUGCUGCGAGGAGAGAUCUACAAUGAGAAGGCCGAUGUGUUCGCCUACGGCAUCAUCCUGUGCGAGACCAUCGCCCGCGUCCCCGCUGACCCUGACUACCUGCCCCGCACCGAGGAUUUUGGUCUGGACAUCACCGCUUUCCGCACCAUGGUGGGAAUCGACUGCCCAGCGGCUUUCCUCCAGCUCGCUUUCCACUGCUGCAGUAUGGAGCCCACCUGCCGCCCCUCAUUCCUGGAAAUCACGCAGUGCCUGGAGGGCAUCCUGCAGCACCAGCCGGGUGCCGAUGGCACCGGGGCCACCCUCUUCGGCGGUGGGGAGACCCUGCCCGUGCCUGGGACAGCGGCCACGCUCAACGGUACCCCGCCUCGCUACCAGAACCUCAACUGCGAGGCCAAGAGCUUCCUCUGCCACGACCGGGGCCACCACCAGAAAGUCCCGGGGCCGGUGCUGGCGGAGCCCAGCCUGAAGCUGCCGGAGGCACAAUCCUAG